GGAAGCGGCGCGCGCUGAGGUGGGCCGGGGGCAGGCGCGGGGCGGUGGCGGGCCGGGGCGGUGCGCGCCACGCCGGCCCCGCCCCUCAACCUCAGGGGCUUUCGGCGCGCGGCCGAGACCCUCGCGGGGUGCUGCCGCUCCCGCCCUGCCCCCCCCCCUCCCCCCCGGGGGGGCUGCUCUGCGGCUGCGCGGGCCGGGGCUGAGGGGGCGCGAGGGGCUGUCCCUGAGGGAGAGGCGUUAGGUACCCGCUCAACCGUGGCCCGCGCCCGGGGAUUUCCCUAGCCCAGAGACGGGCUGAAGUUGCGGGACUACGCUAUGAAAUUUCUGUUGGUUUUUGAUUUUGACCAUACAAUCGUAGAUGAAAAUAGCGAUACCUGGAUUGUGAAAUGUGCUCCUGAGAAAAAACUUCCUAAUGGAUUAAGAAACUCCUACCAACCAGGACACUGGACAGAAUAUAUGGGCAGAGUCUUUGUCUACUUAGGAGACAAUGGCAUCAAAGAAGAUGAGAUGAAAAGGACUAUGACAACAAUUCCUUUCACUGCGGGAAUGGUAGAUCUUCUGAGUUUUAUUGGCAAGAACAAAGAAUUGUUUGACUGCAUAAUUGUUUCAGACUCUAAUACAGUAUUUAUUGACUGGAUUUUGAAAGCUGCUGACUUCCAUAAGGUGUUUGAUGAAGUGUUUACAAACCCUGCAGCAUUCAGCAGUGCUGGCUAUCUUACUGUACAGAGCUUCCAUGCUCACCAUUGUGCAAAGUGCCCUAAAAACCUUUGCAAAAGAAAAGUUUUAAAAGAAUACCUAGGUAAACAGUUGGAGCGAGGAAUAAGUUAUACACAAGUUGUGUAUAUAGGUGAUGGUGGGAAUGACUUAUGUCCAGUAAUGUUUUUGAAGAAGGAUGAUAUUGCUAUGCCCAGGCAGGGGUAUACCUUGGAGAAAAAGAUUUCUCAACUGGCCCAAGAUCUCAGUCCUGUAGAGUGUUCUGUUCUGGUUUGGUCAUCUGCUAUUGACAUUGUGUCUUAUCUGAAACUGAUUAUAAAGGAAUAAUUCAAGUGAUGAAACUGAUACAUUUAUAUUUUUUUCUUCCUGAGAGAGAAAAACUGCAUGUGUAUAAAAGCACAAAAUUGUAAAAUUGGGCUGUUAUCUGAACUUACGUUUUUUAAACACAAUAUAAAACUGUUUAUGUUCCAUCUUGGCAAUAGUGAGAAAGUGAAGUUAAAAUGGCUUUCUAACAUAGUUCACAUUCCAACAUAACUGGGGAAGAGGGGGUUGCAAGAGGAAUUGCCAUUAUUCUUAGUCUUCCCCAAGCCUUUACCAACUACGUAACUGACCUUUUCUGUUCCACUUGCUUAGGGGAAGGGGUAGAAUGAAACUCUUUACUUGUCAGGAACUGUGGUUGUGGAAGUUGGCUUUUAUACUUCUUUGAUCAGGAUAGAUGUUUAAUUUUGUAAAUUAUUUGGUAUGCUUGUAAUCUUGUUUGAUCAGAAGAUGCAUUUAUAUUUUCAAUAUACUAAAUAUUUUACCAAACAAAAUUACUUUUUAAUAGUUUGUAUUCUCUUGUAAAGACAAUAAAAGUUACUGUCACUAACAAAAGCAGCACACCUGGUUUGUGUAUUCUGCUGGCCCAUGUGUCAUCAGGCAGCUGUUCUUGUAAGGGCCUGGAGAGAGCGAACAUAAGUGUAGGUGUCAGCCUUUGGACAACACCUUCCUUUAUUUUUGUCAGACUCAUUCUCUUCUGGAGAGCAGUAAGGACGUUGCUGUUCUGCUCGCUCUCCCAUUCUCCUGACUACUGCCCUGCCAGCGUGCUGCUGCCACUCCUUAUAGAGCUGAUGCUGGUUUGGUCUUCCCUGCUGACAGCUCCCAGUCAGCCAGGUGCUUUUUUCUUGCUGGGCUUCUGAUGCAAUGCACAGGCCCACAGAACGGUGCAUAUGUAUACGUGUUUACACUGAUUUUACCUAUCCACUCUCGUCCAUAUCUAUAGUAUAACCCUCUCGCAGGCUGGAAGGGAACAUCUAUGUCCAUUUUAACUUCUUAACAGAAUUGUUCUGUCUUUAAGGAAUUGUUUGUCAACAUGCAGUCUUUACCUCUCACAGUGAGAUGAGUCCCAAAGGUUGGUCUAUGCAUAUAGAGAUAUUAAAAAUAAAUCUCAUUAAAGUUAAA